AUGAACAAGCAGCAGUUGAGCCAGUCACUCAAAGACAUUCUUCCCACUUACCUGGGAGAGUAUCCAGCACAAUUGGUGUCUUAUAUUGAAUCUUUAUACCAUCUCAGUUUGCAAAAAUUGCCCGUACUUCCGAAUAAGGCGGAUGUGGCACGUUUCCAUCUUUGUACAUACUUGGCGGUGGAACGAUGCCAGGACCGUUUCAACUUACCUGAUCCGCUGCAACAACGAAUUCCGCUCCAGCCUAGACAUGUUGAAAAGCUUUUGGACGAUCUACAGGACAAAGUUGUGGGAGGAAUCAACUCUCCUCAUACUACACCCAGGAAGAGACCUUACACCCCAGUCUCGCUGCCUAACAAGAGAUUGGCUCAACCUAAGGUAGGUUCACCCCUAAAAAAACUCCAGGCGUUGGCUGAGGAGUCCACCGAAGCAAAGAUAUCUGAACUACGAAACGCCGACUCGCCCUUCAAUCCAAUUGAAAAGAAAGGCCUGAACCCCAAGAGUCCAUUUCGCACGCCACGCAAAUCACCAUCCAAAUCGGGUCUUUCUUCUCCAACAGCUGCUUCGCCGGGUACUCCAAGAUAUAUUCGGCACUUGACUAUUGCUGACUUUAUAUCGUUUGCCAACAACUUCUACAUACCUGCAAGCAUCACGCCGCAGAUUGUCGAAUGUUUCACGGCGGAGAAACACAAAUUUGCCAAAAAGAAUGAAUGGCUCUUAGCAUGCGGGCUUAUAUAUGUCGCAUAUGUGCGUAUAAACCAUAAGCUUCUUGACUCAACGAUAGGGAAGAAAACAGAGCUUCAAGAUCAACUUUUUCAAUACCAGAAAGGUGGACUUAUGAAAUGGAACAUGGUAAUGUGGCUCAACAUCAUUGAGGAGUCUGUACGAGGAGAACCGUGGGUAGUUGACUUAGAAUUGAAGUAUGUGCAUAACGAUUGGUCUGUCGAAGAUACAUCUCGAGAACGUGAGGUCCAGGCCAAGUUAGGGCGGGGUUGGGAACUCUAUGAAAGUUUAGGUUCUAUGAUCACUCCUUCUGUGAUGUUUGACAAACCAUCUCAAGAGAGUUAUUAUAAUACAUGGACGUCGCGGUUGCUUGAGAAGCUCUCGGCUUGA